GGGCAUUGUCUGUUUUGCAAUGGGUCAGGACUGGGGCAGUGUAUAACGGUAGGGAUGCCAAGGGGUCCUUGCUCUGAGGAGUCGCGUUUAUUUAUGAUUGCACUGCAUUGGUCUUGAUUCUUGCAGAACAUGCCAGGAGGGGUACCUUUGAAAAGGAAAAGCCAGGACAAAAGGUUGAAUGUAAAGAAGAAAAGAUUAAGUACCUCAAAGUCUUCUACAAGAUCAAGUAAAAAUAGUAACUCUUCAAAAAGUACAUUGCCUUAUGGGGAUACAGACAGGGAAGAUCAAAUCAUAAGGGAAAACGCAAGAGUCUGGUCAAAUGAAACAGUAAAUAGUAAUGCCGAUUUCAAUAGGGGGGACAGUCCAGAGAGGGAAAGUACAAGAAGGGGUCCUUCAGAAAUGGAUAUAGAAGGGGAACCUCAGAGGCAACAAAAAGAACACCCGGUUAUGCCCCAAGCUAGUAGUUGGUGGGAGGGGGGUUAUGGUCACCCAGCAAUGACAUCCCAGGGGAUACCAGGUUGGAAUUCUGGGUGGUAUAGUCCUUGGCCUCCUACCAUGCCUCCGCAACAGUAUUACCCCUACCAUACCCAAGGGAUGCCAGGGUGGUAUGGGAUUCCUCCUUACAAUGCAACAAAUGGGCCUUGGCAACCAGCUGCAACUACUGCAGCUGCAACACAGGAAAAUAACAGGGCUAACCCCUUAGUUCAGGGCAGAAUAGGGCAAGACAUUCCAAGAUGCACAGCAUGUGGUAAUUGCCAAUCAAAGAACAGUAAUACACAGCAAAGUGAAGGUGGGAUACAUUUCCUGCCCCAGGGGAUACCAGGGCAAGGGAACGUGUCUACAACACCCUUCCUGCACAGUCAUCAGAAUGAAAUCGAUGAUAAUAGAAGUGCAACAUUGGGACAAACUCAAGUAGAACAGGACAUGAAUAAAACAAAGGUUAAUCAAGGUACUGGUAGUGUUACUGAUACAGUCCCCCUGGUUGACACCUCAAAUGCUCAGUUAGACUAUAUAGAAGAUUCCAUAAAGGAGAAAAUUUGGGACAACCAAUUCAUAGAAUUGUCUAAAUUGAUAGAAGAGGAUAAUAGUGAUGACGAGGUGUCAAGUAGGGUGACAGAGGUGGUAUAUAAAGGGGGUCAGAGAGUGCAUGUUUAUGGGAAAGCUAAGACUCGGAAAUAUUUGAAUUAUCAGGAAUGGCAGAAAGCGUUUCUGAUAUUUGUUAAGGUGUAUACCUAUAAACACCCUAAAGAAGCGAGCGACUUGGCACAAUACAUGUCUCAGAUACACGAACUAAAACUAAAAUCUCGAAAUUGGGGAAAAUAUGACAGACUCUUCAGAAAAAGCAAAGGGAAAAGGGAAAAAUCCUGGGCCUGUUGGGACCAAGUGCUUUUUUACGAUUGUUUAAAUCUUCCCCAGGGUGAUUUCAAGAAAUCUGAGGGUUCUAAAGGAAAGAAAUUUGGAGACAAAAGUAAGAGAGACGAUAGUUAUUCGGCCAAGUCAGAGUUCGCUUCCGCAGAAAAAUCAAAAGGCAAAUCUAUGCCAUUCAUUCCAAGAGGCUUAUGUUGGAAAUACCAUAAGGGAGAAAGGUGUGAUGGGGGUGAAAGUUGCGUGGGUAGCCAUUCUUGUCCUUCGCACAAAUCUGCUACUCACCCAGCAAUUCAUUGCUCGGAGGCCCUUAAAACACCUUUUAAGCCAAGGCAACAGAAAAAAUGA